CCAACCCAACGAAGUCUUAAACUUCCAGUUGCAUGCUCCCACAAAAGUGAAACCAUGGCGUUUCUUCAUCUUCCUUCCUCUCUGGGAACCACGCAUCCUUCAUUAUUACCCAUUAAAUCAUCAUUUCAUUUCUCUCCGCCAACUGCCUCAAUCCUCAAACCAACAAAUUUCACCAAUCGGCUCUCCGAUUUUCGAUACAAAUCUUUCAAUUUCGUAUUAUCAGGAGCUCUUUCCCUUGGUUUAAUUCUCACCCGGUCCGGAUUUGCAGAGGCGAAAACUGGGGUUAACAAGCCAGAAUUGCUCCCUAGAGAGUUUACUCCCGUCAUUGAUGUAGCUGGAUUCCUCUCUGAUGGCCAGGAGAAAAGAAUUGCAAUGGAGAUUGCUAAUAUUGAACAGGAUACUGGAUUUAAGUUGAGAGUUCUAGCUCAGAAUUAUCCGGACACACCAGGACUGGCAAUUAAAGAUUUCUGGCAAGUGGAUGAUAGGACAAUUGUUUUUGUUGCCGACCCUACCUUUGGAAACAUAUUGAAUUUCAAUGUUGGAGCUUCAGUUGAUCUAGAUAUCCCACGUAGCUUCUGGAGUCGUCUGGCAGGAAAAUAUGGGAACAUGUUCUACUGGAAAGAGAAGGGGGAAGAUUCAUCUAUUGAAGCUGCAGUCAUGGCGAUAUCUCAUUGCUUGAGAGAACCUGUAGGCCCAAAUAAUUGCUCUGAGGUAAAAUAACACAACCAUAUGCUAAUAUGAGCAGUAUUCCUUUUGAUGGUAUGCUGUGAUGACUUAUAACAUACCAUGUAAUCUUCCAACAGCUACACGAAACAUUGCAUUUCAUUGUAUGUUAUGAUGAUUUUUGUGGAGUAUAAAGAUCUUUAUUUGCAGAA